AUGUCUUCUCGUGCAGACCCUCGUGUCUACGCCAACAUGUCGUCUCCUGCCGAGGGAGCUGCAGACUCGAUCCAGGGUACUCCCAACACCCAGAUCACCGUCUUUUCUCCUGCCGAGAGCUCUCAGGGAACCUCCAUCCAAGGCAAUAACUAUGUUGCCCAAAGCCAGGCCCCCGAAGACCCCUUCGUGGAUCGCCAGGUUGCCCAGGUCAGUACCCUUUCAGCGACUGCCUCUACUUUUCAACCCCGUGGAGUUCGCUCCAAGGGGAAGAAUGCCGCUGUGUUCUACCCAGAGGGCAGCCCUACUAUCGCAGGUGCGCUUAGUCAGGACAUGGACAUCUCGCACCGGAUCGAGGUCUGCGAUACGCCCGCGCCCUCCAUCAUCGAGCUCGGGAAUUUCAUCACUGAGCUCAAUCAAAAGGGAGUCAAGUUGCACGGCGGGCGCAACCUUGAGACCACCGGAGAACAUGUGUACGUUGUCUUCGAAGAUCUCCGCGACGCCGCCUGGGCCUUCUACGCCAUUCGCAAAGCUUCCAAGGGCUGGUUCACCGCGUACGUGAAGAUCAGACCAGAGCGCCUGGACCUUGGCCUUGUACGAUUCUCUGAGCUUAGACAGCUCAGCAUCGAGGUCAAUAUUCUUAACUUCGCCAUCAUCGAUCCCGCUCAUGUCGAUGAGAUCUCUCAGCGAGCCCUGAACGUCUACGGACAACUGUUUGCCCUGGUGCGCAACUUGAGCUUCCCGAACGGAGCCUUCCGUGGUGUCGCCCAGUUCUGCAAGGCGGCCGACGCCUUUAUCGCCUUCAAGGCCUUUGGAACCGGCAUCACCACCGGCGGUGUUGUCAUCACUCUAUCCAAACCAGAGGACGUUGGCAGUGCAGACUCCUCCGUCGCCGAUCACCUUGCUUCGAACAUGCAAAACAUGUCCCUUCAGCAGGCUUCUCGUAGUAUCGAACGCGUUCGACACCAGUCUAUCUACACGAUGAACGCCCCCCAAGGAAACCCCUUUGCGGCGGCUGGUGCGUUCCAUAUGCCGUUCCCGCCAGAAUUCCACCAACAGCAAUUCACUGGCCAGCAGUUUGGCCCCCCUCCCACGACUUCCAACAGCCUUGUUGCUCAGAGGGAUGUCGGGUUCCCAAACUUCAACGGCUUUGGUCGCUUCGACCCACGCCGAAGUGCGGGCCGCUACGGUCGUGGCUCUCGGGGUCUUAACAACAUUGUGGACAUCAAUGAACUUGUCGCUGGACGGGAUGUCCGGACAACUAUCAUGCUCCGGAACAUCCCGAAUAAGGUGGACCAGCCCCUCCUCAAGCGCAUCGUUGAUGUAUCCUCAUUCGGCAAGUACGACUUUAUGUACUUGCGAAUUGACUUCGCCAACGAUUGCAACGUCGGCUAUGCGUUCAUCAACUUCGUCAAAGCUGAGUAUAUCAUUGAUUUUUUUCAGGCUCGGGCCAAUAAGCGAUGGAAUUGUUUUAGAUCGGACAAAGUCGCUGAGAUUUCUUAUGCGACUAUCCAGGGAAAGGACUGCCUUGUGCAGAAAUUCCGUAACUCGUCUGUGAUGCUCGAGGCUGAGCAUUAUCGUCCCAAGCUCUUCUACACUAUCCACAGCGAUGAAAACAAGCUGGUUGGUCAAGAGGAGCCAUUCCCUGGCCCGGACAACCAGUCCAAGAUGAAGCGCUCGGUGGAGAACGCUGAGCAUGUCGGAUUGUUCACUCCGACUGCUGGACAGUACUUCCGCGAUGAACAGAGACGCCGCCAUUCGCAAUACGAUCGCGGUACACGUCUCGCUGAAUUGGAGGAGAUCUCCUACGGAUCCUCGGUUGGCCCCUACUACGGUCGCGGCCGCUACUAAGCGUUGGACAUUGCCCAAAGAUCAUCUUGAUUUUUGAUCACUUUUUCAAAAGUCAUCUUGAGGUUUGGAGUGGUUGGCUCUCUUGAGAAGUUGAGGCCUUUGGCACGAUGGCCAUAUCUAAAUUUUCGACGACCGUUGGUGGUUGAAUGGUCUUACUAUUCUGCAGUAUCUUCGUUGGUAGAAUCUUCGUUGGACUCCUAAGUAGCAGCAACUGGUAGCAGCUAUGACGCACGUAGAUACUUUGCAGCAACAGAAUAGAUUUCAUCAAUCAAGCUUUGGGAUGUGCUUUGUGACAGUAACAUUGUAGCGACACUCACUAAACAGACGCCAGAUCACGAUGGCCAUAAACGUUUCAAGUUCAAUUGUAGUUUC